UAAACAUAUACGAAUAGUUACAACAAUAACUUUCCUAUAUUAUUCAAUUUGUUUUCUGUUAAGAAAAUAUGUACACACACAUUUCUCUUGAACUGUACUAAUUCAGAAUGUCUACUGCACAGAGUGGAAUUAUUUCUAUGUUAAAACAUGGAAAUUCAAUUGCAGAUAAACUUGAUGUUGUUGCCCUUAGUAUUUCUUUUAUCAAUGCAAUUAUAAAUCCCCUAUUAAUCAUUUAUAUAUUUGAUAUAAAUUUAGGUACUCAAUCGCUUAGUAUACUAAUAAUGUUACAAAUGACAUUUGAAUGGUUUACAUCAGUUGCUGGGAUACUUUAUAUAUUUAUUCCAGUUAUUAAAACAAAGGAAUUAUGGUUUAAUAUAUUAAUUUGUCAUAUGUGGAGUAGUACAUUUAUGUAUAAUUUAUUUAUUAUGUUUUGUAAGUAUAAUUCUGUUACAAUGUUAAUUGAACGAACUUUUCAAAUUAUUUAUCCAAAUAAAAAUAUUUUAGAUUAUUCACGGACAGUAUUCACAUCAUAUUGUUUUGCACUGAUCUAUGUUAUGGCAAUUAAUUUAAGAUUUACUGUUAUGGUACAAAUGAAUCCACUGGGUGAAUGUACACCUGUUGAUCAAAAUCUAGCCGAUGAUUUACAUCGUAAACAAUUAAUCAUAUUUAGUUAUUUAUGCUUAGCGCUACUAUUAAUUUUACCAGCUGUUAUCAUGGCAACGUGUUAUAUUAUCAUGUUGAUACAUUUUGUGAAAGCAAAACGUGAGAAUAAAAAUUAUAUAGGAUUUGAUAGAAAUAAUUUACAGCAUAUUUUAACCCUUCUAGUUAUUAUUUGGUCAGUUGAAGCAGGAAUAGCUAAUAUACUGGAUAUGAUUGUAUUUUAUGAUUAUCAAAAAUAUAGUUAUACCCAUUUGACACAAACAACGCAUAGUACAACUGAACUUGUACGUAUAUUCAAUUAUGUUACGCGUACAAUCAGUUUAUUUAUUUUUAUAAAACCGAUUCGUAUGCGAUUGAUUGAAGAUGUUUAUUCAAUGAUAAAUUUCUUUUCAAGAAUAUUCAAAUGCAAAAGAAAAGAAAAACGAAUCAAAUCAAAAUCUUUAGAAGCAAAUUACUAACUUUAUUUUCAUGUUGUCAUUGAAAAUUUGCAAAGAAAAAAAACGUUUGCCGUGUUAAACAAAAACGCUUUUGAUUUAUUUUCUAUUUGUGUUUUCGCACCGAAUAAACCUUCGUUUGUUUUAAUUUUUAACUUUAUGGAAAUUAAUUAAUUUAAUCAAUUUCAUGCAUUUAAAAGGAAACAUUUUCAUAUUGUUGUACACAUUUUUGUUGAA